AUGUUUGUCGUGCCAGAGUGCAAUACCACAACCUUAGGUAUUCCCACCGUGUUUACCAUGCUGGACGUAUUGGUGACCGCAGGCCGGACAACAUCGGCCCCCAUGAUGUUUGCGGUUGAACAUUUCCUUGUCGAUCGACUCCACUACGUCAUGGUUCAUUUUCAACGAACGGGUGUGGCGAACUGUGGGGUCCACGGCGUCGGAGGGGUGGCGCUGCACACCGAAGACAAGGGAAGGGGGUAUCGCUUGAGCGCGGUCCAGCAGCUGGAUGUGGUCGUGAUCGAAGCCUCGGAAAACUACCGCCAACACACCACGGGGGGCGCCGUGGGGGCGUGUGCAAAGGACACCCCAACGUUGUGGCUCAAAGUCCAACCUUCCCAACGUUUACACGAAUGGAGCGCAGAGCCAAAGCAAGUGGCUCUGAGAGCUGUGACCUCCCCCGGCAAGUUGUUUUUCACCCCGGCAAGUUGUUUUUCACCCCGGCAUGCGAAAAAUGAUUUUCGCGUUGACAGGUUUACACUCGCCAAGACCACGGUCAACUUCCCCGGCAACAGCGGGUCUGAGUACACCGCUCGCACCCCCGUGAACUUUCCUCCGUGUAAAUCUGCAACUUGGAACAUUGGGGGCAACACUUACGACGGCGUCACGUCGUGCUCGAUUAGCACCGCGGCCAAGACCUCAGUCAUUCCAUUUUGGUGUUACUCGUACAGCCAAAAGGCCAACGCCCAAGGCACAUCUACGACUGCGACAACCGCGUCAGCCAAACAAUCUUUCUCGAUGUACUUUGUGCCCCAGAAUGUGACCGCCCUCAACAACCUUCGCUCGUGCCUGAUGGUGUCGGACAAGGACCUGGCUACGCUGUGCGACACCGCCGUGCGCAGUGUGUUGAGCCCCUUCGGUUCCCCCGCCACAUGCGUCAAAGGCACCAUGGUAACCCAGUUUUCCAUGGCUUUGAGCGAUAACGAUCAGUGUAAGUAGUAUGGUCUCGUGAACGGAAAGAUUGCUUGUCUGUAAGGGAACGUUUGUAUUGUCAAUCGAUCGAGAAAAGCAGUAGUCAUCCA